AUGAAGACCUCCGCUAUCGCCGCCGCUCUCACUGCCCUCGCUGGUGUUGCCAGCGCCGGCCCUGUUGUUUUUGAUGUCACCGUCACCUUCCACGGUGCCGCCGAUGCUUCCUACACCAGAUACAUCCCGGCCGAUGGCAGCACUGUCAUUCUCAACGACGCUCUGAGCAUCUCAAAGAUCUCGUCCACUGGGCGUGCCACCUGCACUUUCCACGGUGUUGACGGCUCCGUCACCACGGUCAACGACGGCCAGACCGUCGAUGUCGGUCCUCCCCAGACCCAGACUUGGGGAACCUGCUCCGCUUGGUAA